AUGACCAGAAUAAGCCACCAAUGGGAUGACGCUGAUGUUUGCGAAAUGGAUAUUCUUGAUCAUAGUUUUCUAAACGAUCUGGUUCCAUUUACAAAAACAUUUUCUUACGACGGAGAGCAUCAGCUGAACAAUCUCCUUGACUCUGAGUUCUCGGAAAGAACAGCAUACUUCCUUCUUCGCUCCGGAAAAAAGUCGAUCGAGAGUAUUAUCAAGUCGGUUGAAACCUAUUCUAUUUCGUCCUUUGAUAUCACUGAAGGGUUGAUCCUUUUCAAAUUAUCUUUUCGAACCCACGCCGCCGCUGUCCACGAAAUUAAUCUCCUAAUAAUAGAGAAGCUUCUGCCAAUGGGACUCGAUAAGGCUAUUCAAGGCUUUCCUAGACCGAGAAUCACAGGUAAAGAAAGCACCAGAGGCAAGGAGCCUGACUACAGUUGGUGUCCCACAAGGACACCCCGUUCAUCUGCUCAUGUUAAGACCAGAAUGCCCACAGUUGCUCUUGAAGUGGCGGUCACAGAAGAUGAUAAGAAACUGAAUUCGGAUGUUCGCUACUGGCUGAGUCCCAACGAUGGAAAUGCCAACCUGUGUCUUACACUUCGAAUCAAUCCCAUCAACAACGAGAUUCGAAUGGAAAGUUGGGCACGGAAGGAUAACAACGAUAACAAGCAGCGCGCCAGGAUCGAUCGUACUCAGGUCAUAUAUGUGCACAGCACACAAGAGGGCCGCCCAAUCGUGACCGGGGACCUCCCCUUUCGAAUCCCAUUCGAAAGCCUCAUGUUACGGCCAAUCGAUGCUCAGACAGCCGCUGAACAGGACAUCAUAUUCUCGCAAGCAGACCUUGAGGAGGCUGCCAGAUCUAUUUGGAUUGCAGAGGAGGAGGAGGAGGAGUAA